ACACCUGCUAGCACACGACAGCCACGCGGUCGCCAGUGCACUCUCAACACUAGCGCACACUCGACCUCACACGAGCACGAGUGAACGUACCUUAUAACACAACACCCUUUACACAGUCACACACAUCGACAUCAUGUCUUCGGCACGCGGUCGCGGUGGCAAGUUUAACAAGGCCAAGCGUGGAGGCGGCAAGCACUUCUCGAGAGAUUUGCAGCCACUGAACGCAGAAGGCGAGGUCAUGGGCAUGUGGGGCGAGCAGCCCGCAAAAGUUGACGAGGAAUCGAGCGAGGCAGAGUCUUCCGAGGAGGAGUCCAGCGAUGAGGAGGGCGGCGACAAGCCUCAGGAGGAGUUGACCCGUGAGCAGCGCCGUGAUGCUGCGAAAGCCCGCAAGCAGGCCGCGAUAGCAAAGAAGUCGCAGAAGGUCCCCGAAGCUGGCGACCUACCGACCUCAGACGAAGAGAGCAGCGAGGACGAGGCCAUGCCUGCGAACCCCAACCACACCGUCAAGGCCCGCACGCAGGCCUCAAAAGCCCCAGUCGACCCUGACGCACCACCCGCCGCCAAGGGCAAGGGCAAGCAGGACACCUCCCAGCUGUCUCGUCGCGAGCGCGAGGCUUUCGAGAAGCAGCAGGCGAAGGAGCGAUACGAGAAGCUGCACGCAGAGGGCAAGACCGACCAGGCGCGCGCCGAUCUCGAGCGUCUCAAGCUCGUCAGGGAGCGUCGUGAAGCGGAGUCUGCGCGUAAGAAGGCAGAGGCCGAGGAGCGUGCGGAGAUCGACAAGGAGAAGGCUGAGCUCAUGGCGCGCGAGGCCCGCAGGAGAGAACAGGCUAUGGGCAAGGCCAACCGCCUCGCCAAGGGCGGAAAGAAGAAGUAAACUGCUGCGAAGCGUUCGGCAU